AUGAAUCCUCUUGCUAUCGUCACUAAGUUUCUUCUUCUGUUGGAUGGGCAGAAAGAUUACAACGCUGCUGCAUUGUUUCUAGAUGACAACUUUGAAUUUGUGUCUCCGAAAAAGAACUUCAAGACCAAAGCCGAUUGGAUCGAAGGCUUCCCCGUCUUGCACAAGGACCCUCCCAUCUUUGAGUUGCCCAAACCUGGGAGUCAUAGCCAUCAAGUUUUGAGAAAUGGCAAAAAGAAGUUUGGACCAAUCAACGUAUCGUUGGUAGAAUCCUAUGAAAUCAGCAAGGAAGGGAAGAUUGAACGUCUCUCGGUAAAUCGUGCAUGA